AUGACAUGGUGGGCUCCCGCAGGACUGAAGGCUCCCGCAGGACUAAAGACUCCCGCAGGACCGAAGGCUCCCACAGGACUAAAGACUCCCGCAGGACUAAAGACUCCCGCAGGACUAAAGACUCCCGCAGGACUAAAGACUCCCACAGGACUAAAGGCUCCCGCAGGACUGAAGGCUCCCGCAGGACUAAAGACUCCCACAGGACUAAAGGCUCCCGCAGGACUGAAGGCUCCCGCAGGACUAAAGACUCCCGCAGGACUAAAGACUCCCGCAGGACUAAAGACUCCCGCAGGACUAAAGACUCCCGCAGGACUAAAGACUCCCGCAGGACUAAAGACUCCCGCAGGACUAAAGACUCCCGCAGGACUGAAGGCUCCCGCAGGACUGAAGGCUCCCGCAGGACUAAAGACUCCCGCAGGACUAAAGACUCCCGCAGGACUAAAGACUCCCACAGGACUGAAGGCUCCCGCAGGACUAAAGGUUCCCGCAGGACUAAGGACUGAAUGCGUCUUUAGGACUGAAGUCGCUAUAGAUUUUACAUAG